CGAGCUGCUCUAAGUCGCUAUUAAUACGCUCUAACACUCAGCAUGCGGCUCAAUUAGUGCUUCUUGUGUUUACAAAUUAUCUAAGAAGCAAAUCGUCUCAUCCCGAGAGAUGGAGCCGGAUGACUCUGGAGGAGGGAAAUUAACGAAACAUGAGCCAUUCAAAAGGAAACAUCGGAUUAAAACAGUCACGCCAUCAGAUGCGACAGAACCGACUGAAAUACAGGCCCAGGUCUCCAUAACAAUCACAGAUACCAAUGGCCAAGAGCCUCAGGAGAAAAGGAGAGAGUCUGUAGACCAAAAUAACAUUCAAGGUGGGCCUACUAUAGAAGAACCAAAUGAGGACAAUGAAGAGGAAAAUGCUGAGGAGGAAAAAGAAGAUGAAGAAGAGAACAAGCCUGAAAAGCCAGAAGAAGCUGCACCAAAAGAAAUACAGGAGACAAAAACAUUGGCUCCAUCAGAAAACAACCCACUGCCUCCAGCAAAAGCAGGUCCAACACCCAGAAAAGCACCAAAAUUUAAACAGAGGGCGUCAAGGCAAUUCAAGAGCAAACCACCAAAAAGGGGGAUUCUAGGUUUUGGAGAUGAUAUUCCCGGCAUGGAUGGACUUGGUACAGAUAUUACAGUGAUUUGCCCCUGGGAGGCAUUCAGUCACUUGGAGCUGCACGAGCUGGCCCAGUACGGGAUCAUCUGAAGGCCUAUUACGCUAGAAGGGAUCUCAAUUAAAGUUAACCCCUCCAUGAUUAUUAUGGCGGACCUUUGAAGAUUUAGAGAAAUCCAGGGCUUUUAUAAAUGUAGAAAAACAAUUUCUGCGCAGCUAUCCAACGGGGAUAAAUGUCUCAUUGAUAGCUGGAGUCCAUGAGGCAACUUUCCCUGGAUGCCCACCUUUAGUGAUGGCAGCCAUAUUGUGAGCGGAAUCGGAAAGCCCACCAGGAAAUAGAACAGUAUUUAUAACAGAUUUCCCGUAGACAGGAUUAGGCGACACCGGUUUUUUAAAUACUCAGAUUCAUAAAUUGCUUGCCUCUGCCAUUAUACAUGUUACACCGUUACUCACUCUUUAAAGUGGUAGCAUUUUGCAAUGGCCAGAGUAUGCGUGAAAGCAACAAGAUAAUACCGCCACCUAGUACGUACUAAGUGUAAUUUGCCAUUUUUUUCAUCACUUCUCUUACCCCAAAAAAAGUUUAGUAAAAUUUGAUCAAAAAGUCAUACACACUCCAAAAUGGUAUUAGUAAAAACUAUAGACGGCCCCACCAAAAAAUGAGGCCCCACACAGCUCCGUAGACCUAAGUUAUGGGGGUCAGAAUAUGGCGAUAAAAAAAAAAUAAAGGUUUUUCAAAGUUUAAAUUAUUUUUUUCUCAAAGUAUUAAAACAUGAGAAAAACAAUAUAAAUGUGCUAUGGUGGUAAUUGUACAGACCCCAAGAAUGAAGGGCACAGGUCAGUUUUACCACCUAGGGAACGCGGUAAAACUUUUUUUUUCCCCAAUUCUAACCCAUUUGGAUUUUUUUUCCCCGCUCCCCAUUACAUUGUAUGCCAUAUUAAAGGGUGCCAUUAGAAAGUACAAGUUAUCCUGUAAAAAAACAAGCUAUCUGAAUGGAAAAACA